AUGGGCCACUCUGAGGCUGCCGAGAAGACAUCUGCGCUCAGCAUGGGCCCCGACGAUUCCGCCGGCAGCGCCGAGUCGGUGCGCGGCGCCCAGACGGAGCUGACCGAGAAGUCCGGCUGGAUGCAGCGCGUGGCGCAGUUUGGACGCGUCCAGGACGGCGCGCCCGAGCCGGCCAACAAGACCUGGCUUCAGAAGCUGGCCUCGUUUGGCCGCGUCGAGGUCAAUGGCGUCACGCCCAUCCCGCUGGAAGAGCGCACCGUCACCAAGACGGUCAACAUCUUCACUCUGUGGGCCUGCAUGAACGCGAAUAUGCUGCCAAUCUCAUCUGGCAUGCUGGGCCCGUCGUACGGCCUCUCCAUCCGCGACUCGUCCCUCGUCAUCCUCUUCUUCACUCUCCUCACCGCCGUCCUGCCGGCCUAUUGUUCUACUCUCGGCCCCAAGACCGGCAUGCGACAGAUGAUCCUCGCCCGCUUCUCCUUUGGCCGCUACCUCGUCGCCGUGCCCGUGCUGCUUAACCUGGCCACCCUCACCGGCUUCUGUGUCAUCAUGGUUGCCAUCGGCGGCCAGUGCCUCUCAGCCGCCGGCAACGGCGACCUCAGCCCCGAUGUCGGCAUCGUCAUUGUGGCCAUCCUCGCCCUCGUCAUCUCCUUCUGCGGCUUCCGCGUCCUGCACGUGUACGAAAAGUACGCCUGGGCCCCGGCCCUGAUCUCCAUCAUCAUCGCCGUCGGCUGCGGCGGUUCCGACCUCAAGAAGCAGUCCGUUGCCGAGCCUUCGACAGCUUACGGAGUGCUCUCUUUCGGCAUGAUCGUCGCCUCCUACAUGAUCCCCUGGGCUUGUCUGGCCUCCGACUUCACCACCUACCUCCAGCCCCAGACGAGCUCCCAUCUGAUCUUCUGGUACUCAUACGCCGGCUGCGUCAUCCCCACCGUCUUGCUCAUGGUUCUCGGCGCUGCCAUGCAGGGCGCCGUCGCCAACGUGCCCUCCUGGACUGAGGGCUACGACCAGAACAAUGUCGGUGGCGUCAUGGCUGCUAUGAUGGGCAGCACCCAUCGCUUCGGCAAGUUCGUCACCGUCGUGCUCGCCUUCUCGCUGCUCGGCAACAUCGCUGCCACCAGCUACUCCAUCACCCUCAACUUCCAAAUCCUCAUCCCCAUCCUCAAGAAGGUCCCCCGCUACUUCUUUGCCAUUCUCCUCACUGCCAUCGUCAUCCCCGUCGGCAUUGUGGCUGCCUCUAGCUUCUUCGACAGUCUCCAGAACUUCAUCUCUAUCAUCGGCUAUUGGGCUGCUGCCUUUGUCGCCAUCAUGCUGACCGAGCACGUCGUCUUCCGUCGCUGCGAUUGCUCGCGCUACGAUAUCGACGCCUGGGACACUUCUAGUCUUCUUCCUCCCGGUAUUGCUGCGCUUUCGGCCGGCGUCUGCUCUUUUGGCCUGGUCAUUCCUGCUAUGUCCCAGAUCUGGUACACAGGCCCUAUUGCUGAGACAACUGGUGAUCUUGGCUUUGAGUUUGCCUUUGUCCUCAGCUCGUUACUAUAUGUGCCGUUCCGGCUGAUUGAACAAAGGGUUUCCGGCCGUUAA